AUGCGCUCCCGCUUUGGAAUAAGGCGUUUCCACACCGGCUCGGUGAAGCACGAAAGCUUUGACUUCUACUGGAAAGCCUUCGGCUGCACUGGAGUCGAUCGCGAGGGGGACCCCGUCGUCUUCGAGAGGGUGGGUCAGCUCGACGUUCCGGGCCUGGUCAAGUGCAAUCAAGACUUCAUCAAGCAGCACUGCAUCUACAAUGCCGAGUGUGUUUUCGCCAGCUUGGAGAUCGGAAGACGGCGGCAUCUCAAGCAGGACAGCUGCCGUGGUUUCCAAGUUACGGUUGUUGUCGAUAUGACCGGCCUCAACGUGUCUUUCAUGGAUCGAAAAGCACUUGCCUUGUGCCAGCUGGUGUCCAGGGUUGAAGCCGACAACUACCCGGAAGCCUUGAAGCGCGUGAUUGUGAUCCGGGCCCCCUGGAUCUUUCCAGCCAUCUGGAACUUUUGCAAGCCCUUCUUCGACAAGGGAACCUUGGAGAAGGUGUGCAUUGUGAAGGAAACCGACACAGCGGAUGUGCUGCUGAAGCAUAUUCCCGCGAAGAGCGUGCCAAAGGCACUCGGCGGGACGUUAUCGGGUGGCAGCGGCGACGACUACUGCUCCACGAUUAUUGCGCCCGGCGGCAAAAUACCUGAGCAUGUCAUUGCGAUGACUCAUUCCAACUAA